UUUCUCUUUUACUUUCUUGCCAUGACUGUCUGGAACACAAUCACGAUCCCCGAGACUCCAUCUCCAAACCUUGUCCUUGUCAAAAACAUUUCCCCAAACUCUUCAGAGAAGACAGUCAAGGAGUUUUUCUUGUUCUGUGGAAAGAUCAAAGAGUUUGACCUCGUCUUUGAUGAAGACCGAGCUCAUCAAACUGCCUUGAUCAACUUUGAGCGUGAAUCUGCUGCCAAAACUGCCGCUCUUUUGAGCAACGCCUUGAUUGAUGACAGUCAUAUCACUGCCGUGCCUUUUUUUGAGACAACUCCUUCCGGAGAGUCUGACAAAGAGGUCGAUGCCGAAGGUUCUGAAGAUCACCAGUCAGCCAAGCCAAAGUCUCGUAUUGCUGCCGAAAUCCUUGCCCAUGGUUAUUUGUUGCAAGACCAUAUUGUGGCCAAGGGUCUCGAAUACGACUCCAAGUACAACCUUUCGUCACGUCUUCAGGGUUACCUUUCCACACUCCAGUCUAAUAUCAAGCACUUUGAUGAAAAAUACCGCAUUUGGGACAAGGCCAUAGAGAUUGAUCAAAAGUACAAGAUCCAAGAAAAGGUUCAAAAUGCCGCUCAGACCGCACAGCACACUGCCCAGGCCGCUCUUCAAACACCCACGGGUCAAAAGGUGCAUGACCUCGCUAACCAAACCUUGGCACAAAUUGCUAUUGUCCAUUAUGAAGCCAAAAGAAUUCAGAGUGAGAAGGGAACCCACUCACCUGAAGGCAAUGAACCCGCAGAACAUGUUGAGCCUAUCAAACAAGCUGCCUAAAAAAAACACACAAACACACACACCUACACACACACACACUUGCUCACUCAAUCACUUACCCACUCACUCGCUUACUCAAGCAAGAAAAAAAAAUUGAAUUAACCUCUACCAUUUUGUCUUCUUUCAAAUACAAAAACUUGCUCCAUUUAUUCUCUUGGUCAUUUUUAUCAAGAAUUUACAUCCGUGUAAUUUUUUUUGACAAUUCUUGGAGUCUUUUUUUUAUAUAUCAUAAGACAAAGGAGAGAAAUGAAGCCGUGAAAUAAUCUUCUAUAUAGUCAUAUAGUUAUAUAUAGCUUAAACCACUUACUGCAUUCACAGAUUCAUUGCAGAAUCGUAUAUCAUAUACAAGGUUAUGUGCAUGUGUAUGAGAAUUAUAUGCAUAGUAUAUGUACAAGCACAAUUUCUUUUCCUUUGUU